AUGAAUACCGGUACUAAGAUCAUGAAAAGUGGUAGUGAACCACCAACACCACUCGAACUUGAUGUUUCACAACAAUUGACUGAACUCGAAGGUAAUGCACAAUUUAAAGGUCAAUUACGAGAACUUUAUAUCACUGGAGCAAAAAAAAUUGACUUGAGUGAUGGACGAUCAGCUCUUGUUAUUUAUAUUCCAGUGCCAAAAGUAAAGGCUUUUCAACGAGUUCAUUCAUUACUUGUUUCGGAACUCGAAAAGAAAUAUAAUCAAACUGUUGUUCUUCUUGGACAGCGUCGAAUUUUACCAAAACCAACACGUAAAUCGAAAACACAAUCGAAACAAAAACGUCCAAGAAAUCGAACAUUAACUGCAGUUCAUGAUGCUGUUUUACACGAUCUUGUGUAUCCAGCUGAAAUAACAGGCAAACGUAUUCGUAUUAAAUUAGAUGGAUCUCGUUUAUUUAAAGUUCAUCUUGAUAAAAAUCAACAAACACUUGUUGAAAAUAAGGUACCAGCUUUUCAAUCAGUUUACAAGAAACUUACCGGCAAAGAUGUUCACUUUGAAUUUCCUGAAGUGCUCGUCUAA